UCUUUUCUGGUACGUGACGUGGCGCAAUCCAUCGCCCUAACGAAGCCACUGAACAAUUCCAGCUUUAGGACUCCAAAGAUAGCUCCAUUACGCAUGUGGAGCGCUUUGUUUUUUCUGUUUUUUUCUGCUCACUCUGAACGCUCGGCCCCAGACCCGGAGAUGCUGCUGAGGCGCUCCUCUCAGCCAACACCAGAGGACAAGAUUUGAUUUCUACGCUCAACAGGCAACAGGUGAGUCAUCUCUAUUAAUGUGCAUAGGAGAGACAACAUUCAGAGAAGGACGAUCAUCUUGAAAUCUCAAGGCUUCUCCUGAAAUCCAGUGCAAACAUGAGGGACAGACUAAGCCAACUACAGGAAAUGCCCACCGCCAGUGAUGAGUCGGUGGACUAUCAAGAGUCCACCUUUUCUGACUCCUUCAGUAACGUCGACCUAGAAGACGAGCUGCCUCAUCAGGCGAUUGUGUUUGACAACAGCCCUGCUCUCAAUGAUGUCUUUUCUCAAUCCCAGGACAUACAUAGAGAGAUACAGCUUAUCCGACUUGAGGUUAAAAGGCUCCGUGAGCAGAACUCUCGCAUGCUCCAGGGCAACACUACCAUGAGUACAAUUAACUCCAAUGCUAUCGGAGCCGACAUAAAGAAGAGGGCUGAGGGUAUUCUAAAUUGCCUGCACAAAAUGGAUGGAACAACUCACAAGUUAGAGGAAGAGCAUGGUGAAAAUUCUGCAAUCACACGCAUCGCCAGAACCCAGUACGCUUGCCUCAGCAAUGGCUUUCGAGACGCAAUGUUUGACUAUAACGAGGCCGAGAUGGCCCAUCGAGAGAACUGCAAAGCCCAGAUCAUGAGGCAGAUGGAGAUAGUGGGGCGCGAUGUAUCAGGCGAAGAUGUGGAGGAGAUGAUCGAGAAGGGCCAGUGGAACAUCUUUAGUGACAAUGUCGUGAGCGAAGGCAAAACGGCCCGAUCGGCUCUGUUCCAGAUUGAGAAGCGCCAUCAAGAGCUCGUAGAUCUGGAGAACCGAAUCAAGGGAAUCCAUGAGAUAUUCCUGGACAUUGCCCUGCUGGUGGAGGAGCAGGGCCCAAUGAUGGACUAUAUCCAAACAAAUGUUCAAAAAACCGAUGCAGGCCUACAAGACGCCAUCGUCAAGCUUAAUCUAGCUAAAAAGCAUAGCAACAAUAACCCGUUUAAGAAAAUGUUUUGCAGUUGCUUCCCAUGCUACAAGUAAGGACCAGAAUCACAUAAAAUGCAAUAUCUUUGUUCAAUACAUUCCAAUUAUUAUUGCAAAGCAAUACAUGUCACUGUUGUUGAAAGACAAGGAGACAAGACAAGGAGUUCAAUGAAGGUCUGAAGGUAGAGCAAUUAGCAGAGUCAUUUAGACUGACAUAUAAUACAUAUAUAUACUCAUGUAAAACUUGUUUCUAAAUUAAAUUAACAGGUAUCUCAAUUCCUGAAAUGGACUGGUGAAUUGCUCAGGAUGCCCAAUGGCUGC